GUUGCUUUGGCGGCGGCCGCCCGGUGGUGGCGGCGGAGCGGUGCGGUCGGUUCGGGUCCGGGCCGGGAGAUGAAGAACCGGCAGCUGCCCCCGGUGCGGGGCCGCGGGGAGCCCGGCGAAACCCUGCUGAGCUCCGGCGGUGGCACCCGGUGACCGGAGCGAGCUGCGGGACGGGGACCUGUGCUAUGCGGUGGUGGCUCCGCGCGGCCUUCCUCAGCCUGCUCGCUGGCACCGACGGCAGCGGGCAGAGCGGGGCCGUGGUGGGCCGCGUCGGGGACAGCGCGGUGUUGGGCUGCGAUCUGCUGGGAGCCCAACCGGGCCGCCCGCCGCUCUACGUCAUCGAGUGGGUGCGAGUCGGCUUCGUGCUCCCCAUCUUCAUCAAAUUCGGCCUCUACUCACCCCGGGUGGACCCGGAGUACAGCGGUCGUGUGCGGAUCGAGGAGGGCGCAUCGCUGCGCAUCGACCUGCUGCGUGCUGAGGACCAGGGCUGGUACGAGUGCCGCGUGCUCUUCCUCGACCGCCCCAGCGCCGACGCCGACUUCCAGAACGGGACGUGGAUCCACCUCACCGUCAACGCACCCCCAACCUUCUUGGUGACCCCCCCGGCCUUUGUGGAGGUGCGGGACCGCGACGCGCUGAGCCUCACCUGCACAGCCGUGGGCAACCCACAGCCCAUCAUCAGCUGGAAGCGGAGCGACCUGGCCCUGCAGAGCGGGGACACCUUGCAGGUGAGGAACGGGACGCUGAGCAUCGCCGCGGUGGAGCGUGCCAGCGCGGGCACCUACACGUGCCAUGCGUCCAGCAAGGAGGGCACCAUCACCCACACCACCCGUGUGCUCGUGCAGGGGCCGCCCGUCAUCGUGGUGCCACCGCAGAACGUCACCGUUAACGUCUCCCAAGAUGCCUUCCUGGCGUGCCAGGCUGAGGCGUACCCAGGAAACCUCACCUACACCUGGUUCCAGGGCAGCAGCAACGUCUUCCACCUCAGCCACCUCCAGGCACGGGUGCGCAUCCUGGUGGACGGGAGCCUCUUGCUGCAGCGAGCCACCCCGGACGACGCCGGCAAAUACACCUGCAUUGCCAGCAACGGGCUGUGGAAGCCACCUUCAGCCUCAGCCUUCAUCACGGUGCUGUACCCAGCGCAGGUGACCACCAUGCUCCCAGAGACCCACCUGCCCAAGGGGAUGCGAGGCAUCAUCCGGUGCCCCACCAGAGCCAACCCCCCUCUGCUCUCCGUCAGCUGGACAAGGGACGGGCGCCCGCUGGAGCUGGGCAAGUUCCCAGGGUGGUCCACGAGAUCGGAUGGCUCCAUUGUCAUUGCCACGGGGAACGACGACGCUCUGGGGGUGUACACCUGCACCCCCUACAACAGCUACGGCACCGCCGGCGCCUCCCGGCCCACCCGUGUCCUGCUCAAGGACCCCCCCACCUUCACGGUGCGUCCCAAGGAGGAAUACUUCCAGGAGGUGGGCAGGGAGCUGGUGAUCCCCUGCACGGCCCACGGGGACCCCCCACCCACCAUCACCUGGGGGAAGGUGGGCAGCGCAGGGCAGAUUGGUGCCCAGGUGGAUGGGAACAGCAGCCUCAUCUUCCACCCCCUCAUCAAGGAGCAGCACGGGGUGUGGGAAUGCACGGCCACCAACGCGGUGGCCAGCGUCAGCACUGCCACCACCGUCCACGUGCUGGGAACCAGCCCUCACGCCGUCACCAACGUCUCCGUGCUCCCACUCCUGUUGGCAGCCAACAUCUCCUGGGAGCCAGGCUUUGAUGGAGGCUACUUCCAAAGGUUCAGCGUCUGGUACACACCGCUGGUGAAGCACCCACCCCGUGCCCACCACGAUUGGGUGUCGCUGGCGGUGCCGCCGGGGGCUCAGCACCUCUUGGUGGAGAACUUGCAGCCAGACACGAGCUACCAGUUCAGCGUGCUGGCUCAGAACAAGCUGGGCAGCGGCCCCUUCAGCCAGAUCGUCACCUCCGUGCCCAGGGGCUUCCCAGUGACCACAGUGCCUCCGGAGCCGCCGGCCGUCACCGUGCACAUCCUCCUGUCCCCACCGCAGGCUCUGAGUGCCAACGAGACGGCGCGGGGGGUCCUGCUGCGUUGGCAGCCCCCAGCACAGCUCUCGGUGCCGCUGAGCGGUUACGCCUUGGAGCUGCGGCAGGACCGGGGGGGUUGGGAGGUGCUGGAGCGCUCCAUUCCCAGCACGGAGAGCCAGGUGCUGGUGCCGGGGCUCAUCAAGGACGCCUUCUAUGAGUUCCGCCUGGUGGCCUUCGCUGGCAGCUACAUCAGCGACCCCAGCAACACGGUGAACGUCUCCACGGCAGGGAUGGAGGUGUACCCAUCCCGCACGCAGCUCCCCGAGCUGCUCCCGCAGCCGGUGCUGGCCGGGGUGAUCGGUGGGAUCUGCUUCCUCAGCGUGGCCAUCAUCUUCAGCACCACGGCCGCCUGCAUCAUGAACCGGCGGCGCGCCGCGCGCAUCCAGAAGCGACGGCAAGAUCCACCGCUUGUCUUCUCCCCCAGCAAGAAGCUCCCAGCUGCGCACCCUUCUCACGCCGCUGAUAGCCCACCCAGCACGGCCAAGCUGAAGCUGCAGCCCUCCCCGUGCCCCAGCCUGCGCCGGGCUCUGCUGUGGGGGGAGAAGGCAGGAACCAGCCUGGGGCUGAGCAUCGCGGGGGGGUCCGCUGCCGGAUACGCCCUCUAUGAGAGCCACGUUGGGGAGCACGUCCCGCUGGAGCGCAUCCGCCGCGGCCCCGACGGCCGCUUCGUGGUGGAGAGCACCGAGACGACCCCCCAGCAACGGGACCCCCCCCCCGCACGUCGCCAGGAGACGGAACCCAUCUGGCACAAGGAGGUGGCGUUACGCCCUCGCCCCCCCGGGAACCCCCCCGCCCCCUCCGGCCGCCGUCGGGGCCGCUAUUUCGGAUACGGCAGCAGCAGCCCCGUGGAUGAAGGCACCGCUCUGUGCAUCGUCGAUGUCAGCCCUGUGGCCUCUGCUGCCACUCUGCCUUACAGCCCCGACCCCCCCAGCGCCCGCUGGGACUCGUUGCCCCCCCGGGGCACCCCCCCAGACUCCAACACCCCGCAGCGGACCGCGUCCCCCCCGCCCCAAAGCGGCAUCCUGCAGUACCUCAGCCUGCCCUUCUUCAAGGAGAUGUGCGUGGACGGCGACUGGCCCCCCCCCGAGGAAGCGCCGCAGCCCCCCACGCCCCCCCAGCAGCAGCCCGGGGGGGGGCAGGACUGUGCGGACCCAUGUGCCAAGCUCCCCCCGGCCCCCACCCUCCUACAGCCCCCCAAGGUGCCGCUGGGCCCCCUUAAGGCCUCGCUGCCCGGCCCCCCCGUAUGGCCGACCCCCCCGGAACCGACCCGCCGUGGCCCCCCCAUUGAUAAGACUGAAAACAGGGAGGUGCCCCCCCCUGAGAAACUGCCCCGGGGCAGCCUGACCAGCCAGAGCAGCGGCCGUGGCAGCGCAUCCUUCCUGCGGCCCCCCUCCCUUGCACCAUCCCUGGGGGGGCCCGGCCCUGGAACCCCCCCGGCGGAUGGGGGCAGCUGGAAGGUGGGCACUGAGCCCAUCCACGUUGUGGGGGGAAAAAGGAGGGACACCUCGGUGGACGAGAGCUACGAAUGGGACGCCGAGGUGACGUUGGCCACCGACCUGCUGGCCGCCCUGCAGCUGUACCGCACCGCAGAGCCCCCCCGGCCCCUCUCCACCAUCGCCCUGCGGGACCUCGAGCGCCAAAAGCCCGGCGGCGGUGGUUCCACGCCGGUGACUUCGGUGUCGGCGGAGGCGUUGGUGGCGGCGGGUGGUCCCCCCCCGCACGGGCGGCACAGGGAGGGGGCACAGCAACGGCGGAGGCAGAGGCCGGGGGGGGGCCGGGGGGGUUGCGGUGAGCGCUGUGAGCUGGCCACGCUGCUCUGAGAGCCCCGCAGGGCUCUGAAAGGAUGGGGUGGUGUCCCUGUUGUCACCCCCCCCCCCCCCACAUCCUUUUUCAGUGCUUUAGGGGAUGAGGGGUGAACCCCUGAAGGGUCCCCUGUGUGGGGUGGGGGGGGUGGAAUAAAGAGAUGUGAUGGCA